AUGCCAGCUCUCAAUCACUCCAGCUCCACAAUCACCACGUGUAUCCUGAUUGGUGUGGAAGGCUUGGAAGAUGCCCACGUGUGGCUCUCCAUCCCCUUCUGUGCCAUGUUUGUCCUUCCCUUCCUGGGGAACAGCCUCCUUAUCUUCAUCAUCACCAAAGAGCGCAGCCUUCAUCAGCCCAUCUUCCUCUUCCUGGCCAUGCUGGCUGCGGCCGACCUGAUGCUGUGCACCACCACGAUGCCCAAGAUGCUCAGGAUCUUCUGGUUCGACGCCAGGGAGAUCGCCUUUGAAUCCUGCGUCACCCAGAUGUUCAUCAUCCACUUCAUUUUUGUAGCCGAGUCGGCCAUCUUGCUGGCCAUGGCAUUUGACCGCUAUGUCGCCAUCUGCGACCCACUGCGGUUCAGCACUGUGCUGACGCCCAUGUGGAUUGCAAAGAUCUCAGCAGCCGCUGUACUGAGAGCCUUCUGCUUAAUGGCUUCCUUGACCUUCCUGUUGAGGUUGCCUUUCUGUCGCCCCAACAUCAUUUCCCACGCGUUCUGUGAGCACAUGAGCAUUGCCAGGCUGGCCUGCGCAGACAUCACACUCAACAUCUGGUACGGGCUAACUGUGGCCCUUUUAACCAUGGGAGUCGACACGGUUUUAAAUGCCGUCUCUUACGUCUUGAUCCUCCCGGCUGUCUUCCGGCUCCCGUCCAAAGAUGCCCAGGCCAAAGCUCUUGGCACCUGUGGCUCUCACGUCUGCAUCAUUUUGUUGUUUUAUGUCCCAGCUUUCUUCUCCAUCUUUGCCUACAGGUUUGCGGCAAAGAGCAUCCCUCACCCUGUCCACAUCCUGCUGGCCAAUCUCUUUGCCAUAGUCCCCCCCAUGUUAAACCCCAUUGUCUAUGGGGCAAAAACAAAGCACAUCCGGGAGCUUGUGCUGAAUCCUGUCAGCAGCAGGUGGCGCUGA